CACCCCCUGGCCGAGGAAGGUGAGCGAGUGUCUGGAGGGGAGGACUCGGGAGCGCGACCAGCCGAGGGAUCGAUCGGAUUAAACUCGAUUUGAGUGAAAUUAACACAAAGGAGAGAAGAGCAACGCACACUUGUCGGCGAGGUCGAGGAUGCGAGACACGCCGGAGAAAUAUUUGAUGAUUAACAAAACUUGAACUUUUUUCCUCUGUUUAUUUAUAUUUCGAACGGAAAAGGACCACGGUGGAUUUUUUUUCAAGCCAGCGGAGAUACUCUACUAACGAGGAGUUGAUUUGAUAAAAAGCCCGAAGUGACCGAGCUUGUUGGGAACUAGGACCAUGGAAUAGCAAGCUUCAUAUUAGCAGCUAGCUGAUUAGCUCAUCACUGCACAGCAAAACUCCCUCCAUCUGUUAGCCAUGGCGGACCCGGGGAUGUUGAGUUUGUUUGGGGACGAUGCAGGGUUGUUCUCUGAUGGAUUAGACGGUUUAGGAGACUGCUUUCCUCAGCAGCCGGCCCCUGCGCAAUCCAACCCUUUAGCCCAGCAAAAUAAUCCCUCUCUGAACCAUGAGCACCAGGGAAACAGGGGCUACCACCAAGGGAUGAUCCACAGUGGCGGGCCCGGACCAGGGCAGCCUAAACUGGGACAAAUGUAUGACCAUGGCCCCUACACGGGCUACGAUCAACCUGGUGCCGCCGCCGCAGGACGAAUGAUGUCCCCGAACGGUCCAAGCCAGGGGCCACCUAACGUGAACACGGCAAUGAAUGGCUUGGCUUCCCACUACCAUAAUAACCCAGCUAACUCUGGCAGCAACCACCAUGGGUACCCGGGUGAUACUGCAGGAGGAAGUGGGGCUGCUGUCUGGGGCCAGCAGCAGCCGCCGCCGAGCAGAUCAGCCUAUCAGCAGCCUCCUGCACAACCUGGGGCUGGCCCCAAUCAGCUGGGUGGCUACCAGAUGUCUCAAGGCAACUAUGGUGGGAUGCAAGGCCCCCCCACACCAAAUGCAGCUCGCAUGAACCAACACUACCCUUCACAGGGCAUGGCAAAUCCCCCACAGAGCAUGGCACAACCCACCGCUCAGGACCCAGCACACUACCUGGGACAUGUUGGAAUGGGGGGGGCCCAGAUGCGUCAUCCCCAGCCCCAGUCACAACCCCAGGGCUAUCCCAACAUGGGCCACACAUCCCGGUUCCCACACUCCCCCUCCCGACAGCCUUCACACCAGCACCAGCCGGGUAUGGCAGGGUUUGGGGGCAGCCAAUACCCCGGCUAUCAGGCACAGUACGGAGCAAUGGGACCUGGGAUGGGUCAGGGUGCUAAUGUCAAUGCUAACACCAGCCAGGCCAUGGGACCAGGGCAGCUCGGCCAGAGGUUUACCCAGGGAUCAGUCCCAGCAGCUGGCCAACCAGGGCAGCGAUACCCCCCCGCACCAGCACACCAACCACAGCCCCAUCAGGCCCUCUCUGCCCAGAUGCAGCAGCCAGGGCAGCCUAUGCACCCCCAGAAUCUUCCCCAGGCCCAAAACCAGCCCCACCUUGCCCCCCCAGCUCAGGGAUCUUACUCCUCCCCUUCAUCCAUGUCCCCCAUGAGGGUUUUGGGGACCCCGACACCACCUCCCCAACAAGGCAGGCCCCCUAGCGCAGGACUAGCCGUACCCCCAGAGGCUUCAGGCUACACAGCCCUGCAGCCUACACCCAACGCUUUGACCCAGAGAACUCCCCAAAUCCCUCUGUCUACUCCACACCCCCAACACCAGCAGCCCCACAACAUGCCCCCCAAUGCUGGGCAAAUGUAUCCUGGUAUGGGGCCGCAGCGUGGUCUUCAAAUAGGGCCAAAUAUGCCUCAGCUCCAGCAAGGGCCACAUGAAGCUCCAGUCAGCCAGGGGGGGGACCAGCGUUUGCUCCAGACCCCGCAGCAGCCCCCUCGCAGCGGGCAGCCCCUGCAGGCCCCUUCCAUGGGCCCGCAUGGAGUUCCGGCCCUAAACCAGGGCUUGGCACCACCCACCCAGAACGCUCAGUCCCAGCCCACACACAUGCCACACCACCUGCAGAGCACACCUCCUGCAACCAACACGGCCUCCCACCCAUGGGUGCCUCCCGCCUCCCACCCACUCUCAUCACCCCCUCACACCCCACAGAAAGUGCCUCACGUACAGCAUUCAGCCACCAACCCCUCACUGGUUCCUGAAAUGCAGACGGUCGGUGGCGGCCCCCCCGGCCAGCCUAUCAGCACAGAGCAGCCCAGCGACCAGGAGACCAAGCCAAAAAAGAAAAGGAAGAAGAAAGCUAAAGUAGUGGAUGGACAGGAGGAAGAUGGAGGGAAGAAGAAGGCAGCGACGGGAGAAGCCGGAGGAGAGGAGGACGUACAGUCCGAACUCCCUGGAGCAGGAAGUGAUGCGGGUGAACAGGUUACUGGCACAGGAAACGUAGAGGGAAGUUCACCACUGGUGGAGGAGAAGAAGAAACGCAAAAAGAAACCAAAGGAGAAGGCAGAGGGAAAAGAGGACAAGGAGCCCAAGACCCCGAAGACGCCCAAAACACCCAAGACCCCCAAAGAGCCCAAGGAGCCUAAGGAGCCCAAGGAGAAGAAAACCAAGAGCUCCACACCCAAGACAAAGACCCCCAAGAAAACCAGUAAGAAGGCUGAGUCUGAGGGUGGGGCUAGCGCUGCUAAGAAGGAAUCCAAGAGGAAGAGAGAGCCGUCAGUCAGCGAUGAGGUGGAGGUGAAGUCUCCGCCCCCCUCAGCUCCUGAAGAUGACGAUGAUGACGGCGUACAGAAGCGCCGCUCCAGCCGCCAGGUGAAGAGGAAGAGGUACACGGAGGAUCUGGAGUUCAAGAUCACAGACGAUGACAGUGGCGACGACUCGACAACACCCAAGUCUCCAUCGUCGUCACAUCAACAGGAUGUGGCCGAGGUUGAAGGGCCCGUUGUGGAAAAGAUCAUGGUCAAACGCAUCACCAAGAAACAGCUGGAGUCGGGGGAGGAAGUGGAGGUGGAGGAAUUCUACGUCAAGUUCAAGGGCUUUUCAUACCUCCACUGCCGCUGGGCAGACCUGGAGGAGCUGGAGAAGGACAAGAGGAUACACCAAAAGGUCAAGAGGUUCAGGGCCAAGCAGCUGCUCCUCAACAGCUUCAUAACAGAGAUGGACGACGAGCCUUUUAACCCCGACUACGUGGAGGUGGACCGUGUCCUGGACGUUUCAGAGAGCCCAGAUGAAAAUGAAGAGACGGUGACCUUAUAUCUGGUUAAAUGGUGCAGCCUGCCUUACGAAGACUCCACCUGGGAGCUGAAGGCCGACAUCGACCAGUCCAAGAUAGACGACUACGAACUCAUCGCAGCACGCACACCCAACACUAAGAGAGUGGAACGGCCCCCUGCAGCCGAAUGGAAGAAGCUGGAGGGCUCCAUGGAUUACAGGAACAGCAACGAACUCAGGGAGUACCAGCUGGAAGGCCUCAACUGGCUCACCUUCAACUGGUACAACUCACGUAACUGUAUCUUGGCUGACGAGAUGGGUCUAGGAAAGACCAUCCAGUCUAUUACAUUCCUCUAUGAGAUUUUCAAGAUGGGCAUCCAGGGGCCGUUCUUGGUCAUUGCCCCGCUCUCCACCAUCCCCAACUGGGAGAGAGAGUUCCGCACCUGGACGGAGCUUAACGCUGUGGUGUACCACGGCAGCCAGGCCAGCCGCAAGACCAUCCAGGCCUACGAGAUGUACCACCGAGACUCACAGGGUAAAGUAAUAAAGGGAGCGUACCGGUUCCACGCUGUGAUAACGACCUUCGAGAUGAUUCUGACCGACUGUCCGGAGCUGCGCAACGUGAAUUGGCGCUGUGUGGUGAUAGACGAAGCCCACCGCCUCAAAAACCGAAACUGCAAACUACUGGAAGGACUUAAAAUGAUGGACAUGGAGCACAAAGUCCUGCUGACAGGGACUCCUCUCCAGAACACGGUGGAGGAGCUCUUCAGCUUACUCAACUUCCUGGAGCCCGAGCGCUUUCCCUCUGAACUGACAUUCAUGAGUGAAUUUGGAGACCUAAAGACUGAAGAGCAGGUCCAGAAACUGCAGGCCAUUCUGAAGCCCAUGAUGCUGAGAAGACUGAAGGAGGAUGUGGAGAAGAACCUGGCCCCCAAGGAGGAAACCAUCAUAGAGGUGGAGCUGACCAACAUGCAGAAGAAAUACUAUCGGGCCAUUCUGGAGAAGAAUUUCACUUUCCUGUCCAAAGGAGGAGCAGGUGGAGGAGCAGGAGUCCCCAACCUCCUCAACACCAUGAUGGAGCUGAGGAAAUGCUGCAACCACCCAUACCUCAUUACUGGAGCAGAGGAGAAGAUUGCGGAGGAGUUCAGGGAAUCCCACGGUGGCCGGGCAGACAUGCCUGACAUGGCCCUCCAAGCCAUGGUGCAGGCUGCUGGCAAGCUGGUGCUCAUCGACAAGCUGCUCCCCAAACUGAAGGCGGGGGGCCACAGAGUGCUGGUGUUCAGUCAGAUGGUGCGCUGCCUGGACAUUCUGGAGGACUACCUCAUCCAGAAACGAUAUCCUUAUGAGCGUAUAGACGGCAGAGUGCGUGGUAACCUACGUCAGGCUGCCAUCGACCGCUUCUCCAAACCUGACUCGGACCGCUUCGUGUUCCUUCUGUGCACGAGGGCCGGGGGCCUAGGCAUCAACCUGACGGCAGCCGACACCUGCAUCAUAUUCGACUCUGACUGGAACCCUCAGAACGACCUGCAGGCCCAGGCCAGGUGUCAUCGUAUUGGCCAGUCCAAGGCGGUGAAGAUCUACCGGCUGAUCACCAGGAACAGCUACGAGAGGGAGAUGUUCGACAAGGCCAGUCUGAAGCUGGGGCUCGAUAAGGCCGUUUUGCAGAGCAUGAGCGGACGAGAGAACAGCAACAGCGGGCAGUUGUCCAAGAAGGAGGUUGAGGACUUGCUGAGGAAGGGAGCGUACGGAGCUUUGAUGGACGAGGAAGACGAGGGAUCAAAGUUCUGUGAGGAAGACAUCGACCAGAUCCUCCAGAGACGAACACACACCAUCACCAUCGAGUCUGAGGGCAAGGGCUCUACCUUUGCUAAGGCCAGUUUUGUUGCAGCUGGUAACCGAACAGACAUUUCUCUGGAGGACCCAGACUUCUGGCAGAAAUGGGCCAAGAAGGCUGAGCUGGACAUGGACGCCAUGAAUGGACGGAACACGCUGGUGAUCGACACACCAAGGGUGAGGAAGCAGACCCGGCACUUCAGCAGCGCCAAAGAGGACGAAAUGCUCGAGUUCUCGGAGCUGGAGAGUGAAGACGACGAACCGAGCCGACCCUCGUCCAAACCGCGACGGCCCCAAGACAAAGCCCAGGGGUACCCCCGAUCUGAGUGCUUCCGAGUGGAGAAGAACCUGCUGGUCUACGGGUGGGGUAGGUGGAAUGACAUCCUGGCUCACGGUCGCUUCAAACGACCCCUGAAGGAGUCGGAUGUGGAGAAGAUCUGCAGAGCGCUGCUGGCCUACUGCCUGCUGCAUUACCGUGGAGACGAGAACAUCAAGAGCUUCAUCUGGGACCUGAUCAACCCCAGUGAGGACGGGACCACCAAGCUGCUGACCAACCACUCCGGUAACACACACUAUAUACACUGCAUGCAGGGUUCGUACUGGUGCUUGAAAUCCUUGAAAAUGCUUGAAGGCAAGAAGGGAAAGCCUGCGGCUCCGACUCCGCAGACGCCAAGAGCUGAUUGGCUGGCCAGCUGCAACCCUGACCACAUCCUGCAGGAGGACAGCUACAAGAGACAUCUGAAACACCACUGUAACAAGGUGCUGCUGAGGGUGAGGAUGCUGUACUAUCUACGUCAGGAAGUCAUCGGCGAUCAGGCCGAACGCAUUCUGGAAGGAGCUGACUCCAGUGAGCUGGAUAUCUGGAUUCCGCAGCCGUUCCACGCCGAGGUCCCGGCUGACUGGUGGGACAGCGAGGCCGACAAAUCCCUGCUGCUCGGUGUCUUCAAACACGGCUAUGAGAAGUACAACUCGAUGCGAGCGGACACCACCCUGUGUUUCUUGGAGAGGGUGGGCAUGCCGGAUGCCAAGGCCAUCGCAGCGGAGCAGAGGAGCUCUGACAUGAUGACAGAUGGUGUGGAUGGCGAGGAUGAGGAUCCUGAGUACAAGCCCCUGCGUAUGCCUUUUAAAGAUGACAUGGAUGACUUCACCAACUCCCCCCUGGAUGACACAGUGGAAGGGGACGCUGAAGCUAAAUCAGGUGAGAAUGGUCAAAGUGGACCUGCUCUGGGCGGAGCUUCGGGCUCCAACGAGCGACUCUAUUGGCCGGCUGCCUCGGCUCUGACUGCCCGUCUGCGCCGCCUCAUCACGGCCUACCAGCGCUCCAACCGCAGGGAGCAGCUCCGCCAGGAGGCCGUCAACCGGCCCGACGGGCGCAGGCGGCGGCGCAGGGACUUCCUGCCUGCCAUCGGCAUGGUUACCGACACAGGAGGAGGGGGGGCAGCCUAUAUCCAAGAUGGAGCAGGGGUGUUCAUGACCGAAGGAAGCCCGUAUAUGGCUAAAGGAAGUGCCUACUUUGCCAAAGGUGGGCAGUUCAUGGCAGAGGCGUCACCGGUGAUGACUGCCAGCUCCCUGAUGCCUGAUGGAGCCAUGUACUACAAGGAGAGGAGACAAAGAUGGACUCGUCGUGAGGAGGCAGAUUUCUACCGUGUGGUGUCCACCUUCGGGGUUGUCUUUGACACUCAGCGUCAGAAAUUCGACUGGGCUCAGUUCAGGGCCUUUGCUCGACUGGACAAGAAAACAGAUGAGAGCUUGGAGAAAUAUUACUACUCGUUCAUUGCCAUGUGUAAGCGGGUCUGCAGAAUGCACAACAAGAGUGAAGCGCAACUCCCAGACCCCACCCUGAUCAUCGACCCGAUCACAGAGGAGCGCGCCUCCCGCACCCUGUACCGCAUCGAGCUGCUGCGGCGCAUCCGGGAACAGGUCCUCCCCCACCCGCUGCUCUCUGAGCGCCUCAAGCUCUGCCAGUCCUCCCCUGACCUCCCGGAGUGGUGGGAGAGCGGCCGCCAUGACCACGACCUCAUCCUGGGGGCCUCUAAGCACGGAGUCAGUCGCACAGAUUAUCACAUUCUAAACGACCCCACCUUGGCCUUCCUGGAUGCUCACCAGCGUUCCACCAGCCAGAGAGGGGGAGUCAAGGGAGAGACCACCAAAGCGGGGAUGGGAGCACCGGACACUACCGGACCUCUCCUCACCUCUGACGAGCUGGCCAGCGCCGCAGCAGCUGCGACGAUUGCUAUGAAUGCAGCUAAAGAAGAGGAGGAGGAGGAGGAAGAAGGGAAGGAGGUGAAGACGGAGGUCAAAAUGGAAAUGGAAACGGAGCAAGGAGACGCUAACAACAUUCCAUGUAUUAAGACUGAAGCUCCUGAGGAGCAGAAGGAAAAUGAGGCAGAGGUCAGAGAAGGGAAAGAUGACAUUGCUGCGUCGCCGAAAGAGGAGGAUAAGUCCCAGCCCAAAGUAGAAGAGGAGGAGCAGGAAGAGCUGGAAGAGGAGCCCAGUGCAGAGGGAGAGAAGAGUUCCAAACCAGCAGAGGACAAAGAAGAGGAGGUACCAGAAGACAAGAAGAGUCUGACUCCUGCUGACUCUCCCACCGCUGAGCUCACAGAACACCCCCCCUCCUCUCCUAAAGCACAACCCGACCACAAACCUGCAGAGACCGAGGUGAACCCAGAGUCUCCUAAAUCUCCAAAGUCAGCUGACCCAGAGAAAAGCCCAGAGGACGAGGAGGAAGAGAGGAUGGAUGAAGAUGACAAAUCGGAGAAAUCCUCUCAGGCUGAAGUGAGCGCUGCAUCAGAGCAGAAGAACUUUGAUGAGGAGAGCAUUGCCUCUCUGAGCACGUCUGCCCAGAACGAAACCAGAGAUGGCUUCUGCCCCGACGACCUGCCGGAGACCACAGCACUGCACGCCUUACAGGAGCGCGCCUACGCCUUCUCAUUCUGGCCCAAGGACCGGCUGAUGAUCAACAGGAUGGAUAACAUCUGUGAGACUGUCCUGAAGGGCAAGUGGCCUGUCAACAGACGCCACAUCUUCGACUUCCCCGGCAACCUGUUGCCAGGGCAGGGCUCCGCCCUCCCCACAGCGGCCGCCGCCACAGUGACAGAGAGCCCGCUGCAGAGGCCGAGCCUCGCCGAGCUCACCAUGGCCGGCAUCCACACACCGUACAGCGGGAGCGAGGACAAAACACUGUCGCCACAGUUUCAUGAGGACGCUCUCACCCUGCCUCGCCAGAGGAGGAGGAGGAGGAGGAAGAUCGAGAUUGAGGCGGAGCGAGCCACUAAGAGACGUAACCUGAUGGAGAUGGUGGCUCAGCUGAGAGAGAGCCACUCUGCCACGGACACCCAGAGCCAGGCCAUAGACCUCACCAAGGGUAUGCACCAUCAUCAUAAGGCAGCUCCCUCAUUGGCCGGCUUUCCCAGCGCCCUGGCGACAAGCCCCUCCCUCAAAGCCCAGAUGGAGUUGCUGCUGCAACCCCCCCCCUCUGCGCACAGAGCCAAUGGUUCACUGGAGGCUGACCUGCCAAUCAUGAGGAGGAGGCGGGGCCGUAGGAAAAAUGUUGAAGGCCUGGAGCUGCUGUUCAUGGGCAACAAGAGAGCAGGAGGGGAUGAUGCUGAUGGGACGAAGGCUUCAGGUGUGGAGGGGCUUCAGGAUGCUGCCCGUGCCCACAGACCCGUCCCAGAGCAGAGCCCCAGUGCCAGUGCCAGGUCUCUGGCCUCUGGCAGUAUGGAGGAGGAGGAGGCUGCCGUGUCCAACAAAGAGCUGGGGGAGUGGCUGAGGCAGCACCCCACCUACACCAUGGACAUGGCUGCUUUCACACCAAAGAGCGAGGAUGUACUGCUGUCUCAGUUUUCUAAGCCCAAGCAGAAACGCCAUCGCUGUCGAAACCCAAACAAGAUCGACAUCAACACCCUGACUGGAGAGGAGAGGGUGCCUGUGGUGAACAGACGUAACGGACGCAAGAUGGGCGGGGCCAUGGCUCCACCAAUGAAGGAGCUUCCCCGAUGGUUACUGGAGAACACGGAGUAUUCCAUCGCCCCUGAUUGGACCGACAUCGUGAAACAGUCGGGUUUCCUCCCAGAAGCCAUGUUUGACCGUCUCCUGACCGGCCCUGUGGUCAGAGAGGAGGGCGUCCGCCGCAGAGGAAGAAGACCCAAAUCUGAGAUCGCCAAGGCAGCCGCAGCCGCUCAGGCUUCAGCAGCAGCUCAGGCUGCACAGGUCUCUCUGCUGUCUGCUGCCUCAUCUGCAGGAGGCAUCAACCCUCUGCUGCUGAGCAGUCUGUUUGGGGGCAUGGACCUGUCCUCCCUGCAGAGCCUGCAGUCUCUUCAGCUGGCUGCCGGGCUGAUGGGCUUCCCCCACCCCUCAGACCCCAAGCAGGCGGCUGCCAGCGCCGCCGCCUCCAUGCUGCCCCUCAUGCUGCCCGGGAUGGGGGGCCUGCCCAACAUGGCCGCCCUCCCCAACAUGUUCAGCCUGGGCGGGCUGUUUGGCGGGAACCUGGCCACGGUGGCAGCUGCCGCCGCUGCAUCCAGCCCCCGCGCUGCGACGUCCCAGAACAGCAACGGAACCAUGCAGGGUGAGGGGGGGGACGGAGAGGGGGAAGACUAUGAUGAGGAGGAGGCAGUGGAGGAGGUGGAGGCUAAUAGUGAGAGAGCCGCGAAGAAGGCGAGGAAGAGGAGGAGGCGGGAGCAGGCAGGAAGUGAUGUCACUGCUCAGACCCUCGCUGCUGACUCGUCAGUGGCCUCCAUCAACGGGGACGCCGCCGCCUUGCUGGCUGCAGCGGGCAUGUCGGCCAGCUCUCUGGCCUUCAACCCCUUCCUGCUGUCCACCAUGGCCCCCGGCCUGCUCUACCCCUCCAUGUUCCUGCCUCCAGGCCUGGGGGGGCUCAGCCUGCCGGGCUUCCCCUCCGCCUCCACCCUGGCCGAGCUGCAGAGCGCCAUGGCUGGAGCUCUGGGGGGCAACGCCCUGACUACAACCCUCCCCAGUAACCAAGAGAGGAAGGGGGGGCUUAAAGAUACUGCAGAGGAGGAGGAGGAGGAGGGGGAAGAUAGUGACUUGGCUGAGGAGAAAGACGGAGUGGAGGAGGAGGAUGAGCUGAGAGGAGAAGAUUCAGCGCUGGAGGAUGUAGGGAUGGGGGAGGAGGAGGAGGAAGAGGAGGUGGGGGAGGCGGCAGGAGCAUCUCCACUGAAGGACAACAGUGACUGAAUAACACAGUGAACCCCCCCUCCCCCCUGCCACGUUUACACGCCUCCACCAGAAAUAUCCAAACUGUUAUGAAUCCUGUUUUUUCUCUACAUUGUUGUUGAUGAUUUCUCACUGUUAUUAUUUUGACCAGGUGUAUGACUAUGUGUCAGAGAGUGGGGUGUGUGUGUGUGUUAAGUUAAACCUCUCUGAUGGAUCGUCAGGGAAAACCCUUCAGACCCUUCUCUGCCCUCAGACUUCCCAUGUUCCAGCAGAGCUAUGAUUAUUCAUUAUUAUAUUAGUAUCGCUGCUGCUCUCAGACUUCACUGGUCGUUUUGCUUCCUUUAACGCCUGGACUGUUAAGUUGUUGUCGGCAGCAUCGCUUCACAAAAAAACGGCAUUACGUCUGACUGACAACGCUGCUGCGAGAGGAAUUGUGGGUAAUGGAGUUGGAACUGUUCUGUUUCAGAGCAGAGUUUUAAGUUCUCACAUAUCGGACCAGGUAGACUCUGAGGAGGCAGAGAAACUAGACUGGCCUAAACUCAGUCUCACACACUGACAUACUGAUCAUAAGCCUCACACACAAACACACACACACACACUACCACCGCAGCUGUUUUCCUGUGUGUGUGUGUGCGUCACACUGAACCAAUACUGUUACCAGUCCCACACUGUCAGUCUGAGUCUUUCCACCGCCGCUCCUCUUCCUGUCUCUCGGUGGGAGGCAGCCUCACGAGGACUCUGUGAAUGGACGGGGGGGGGGCGGCGGCCCCGCAGGGAUGUGAUGUUUCAGGUUUCUUCUUUAAGGGGGCACAUGGUUGAAUUCUCCCGGUCGCUGCCACAUUAAAAGCUUUUUGUUUUAGUUUAUUUUUUUCUACAUUUCCCGGUAGAUUCAAAGUGCUGCUCCCUAGUGACCUUGUCUUGGAGACUUUCUGUAGUCACACACACUGACACCAGACCUGGCCUUACAGGACUGACACAUUCUCCACUGAGUUGGAGAUCCACACGUUUCUUUAUGAAGUUGAGCUCAGUUUAAAUACUUUAUAAAUGCAGGAGGUGCUUGAUUUGUUUCCAUUUCCCCAAGGCCAGUUCAAGUGUCGGAGAUAAAUCAAGCAACGCGAGUGGUUCACAUAUUUGACGAUGCAUUCAAACACACUGUGGUCAUCUGAACAUUUGCUCUCACAGCCAGCCCAGCAGACAGACAGGAAGAGCCCGGGUCCACUUCCUGUUCGGUCUAAUGCUGAGACAGCAAUAACCAAGGCAGCUUUUGAAUGUUCCAACAUCACUCUCCCAACACACACACACAAACACACACUAUAUGAAUAACCACAAGUGUCGUAUGAAUAGAAAAACUAAACUGUAAAUGAUGACAAAUACGUACUGCAAUCAAUUUUGUCUCACUCUGUUCCUGUUGAUGCACUGGUGUUAAAGAGUUAAAAUAAUCAGGUACCUUUAUUACUUAGCUACUUUUCUUGAAAAAUGGACUUUUUGUUACUUUUAGCCAGCAAGCUGAAGAGCAUUACCUCAAAAUUCUUAUCUAGCCUUGAAGUUUACAGACAUACCAUGUAAAUGUUUUUUUCUCUUUUUUGGUGUUUGUCUUUUUUGUUUUUUUGGAGACAUCAUGUAUGAUGAAUUGUAGCUAUGAUGCUUUUAAUAAAAGUUAAUCAUGAUAUUCGCCUAGGAAACCAAA